AUGGCCGGAUUGGAGCAUGUUAUAUCUGUGGAGGAGUUGCUUUCGAGGAAGGUUAAAGUUGUUAGAACAGAUCAAGCUGGUGAAACAAGCAGAGGCAAUGUCCAACCUCAAGCUGGUGAAACAAGCAGAGGCAAUGUCCAACCUAUCAUUGCCGCUGAUAAUCAAGAGACCCAAAGUUCGAGUAUUGAAGUCGGCCAUGUGAUAGAGAAAGCCAGUCCCAUGGAGCAGAGGUUGAAGCGAUUAGAGAUGGCAGGAGAUCAAGCAGAAAAAACUGGACCAAAGAUACGGAAGGUUACGUUUUUGCUGCGAGAUAACAAAGAUGUAGCCAAGUAUUUUGAGCCAAGGGUGGUGUCUCUCGGUCCUAUCCAUCACGGGAACCCAAAGUACGAUAUAGGAGAGGAGUACAAGCUUGUAUUGGCAAACAAGUUCGUCAAGGAGUGUGGGAAGGGUAAGAAAGCUGAAAGUUUGUACGCCGAAAUUAAGGAGAAAAUCAAGCAACUGAGGGAGUACUUCGAUGAGGAGGUGAAUAAGAAGUAUGAGGACGAUCAGGACCUCGCUUGGAUUCUGUUCGUGGACGGGUGUGCAGUAUUACAAUUCAUACACUGCGCAGUUCAUGAAGAAAAAUUCAAAGAUAUGAAAAUAAAAAACGAUCUAGUGGCGUUUGGGAAAGAGGAUUUGUUCUUGUUAGAGAAUCAACUUCCUUAUCAACUCCUCGAGGAUUUGAUGGAGUGGAGCGAGAAUAAAGAGGGAUUGAAGUGUUCGAUCGACCGUUUCAUUGAUACGCAUGCAGAUUGCGAGGAUAAAGAGACCAGCAUACGUAUAGAAAAGUCGGCCCAUCUUCUCGAUCGUCUGCGAACAAGACUCCUUCGUGAUCCGAAAAUCAAAAGCAACGACCAAAAUAUGAGUGGGGGCCCAAAAGGGCCAGAUAGUUGGCAAUCGUAUCGCAACAUACAGGAACUUAGAGCAGCAGGAAUCCAAUUGAAGCCUAGUAAAAGUAGUUCCUUGGCAGACGUAUCUUUUAAAGACCAAUUCACUUUCUACCCCGGAUACAUUUAUCUUCCUCCAAUAACAGUAGACGACUCAACUGGGCCAAAGUUCUUGAACUUGAUAGCCUAUGAGAUGUGUCCAGAUUUCGACAAUGACUUCGGCGUCACCUCUUACAUAUCCUUCCUUGAUUCGCUCAUUGAUCAUCCCGACGACGUGAAGGAGCUUAGGAAAGCGCACGUACUCAACAACUUCCUCGGUAGCGACAAGGAAGUGUCUCAGCUCUUCAAUGACAUAGCCACUGACUUGGUGCCUAACCCCAACACAUAUGCCCAUGUCAAAACGCAAAUUCAGAAUUGCUACGCCACUAAGUGGAAGACCUGGAUAGCUCAUUUCAUUCACAACCAUUUCAGCAGCCCCUGGACAAUCGUGGGUUUCACUGCAGCAGUAUUAUUAUUUCUUCUAACUGCCACCCAGACUUGGUACACAGUCUUCUCCCCCUGACCCCUGAGAUCACAAAAAGGCCGGUACUCAAAACUUGUUUGUUUUUAUCUCCAAAUAAAACUACCCCCUUUGAUCU